AUGGAGCUCGUCCAACUGCCCAACGAGGUCCUGAGCCGCAUCCUCUUCUUCCUCGACACCCCGAGCCCUUUCGAUGUUGGCAUUCUGCAGAAGCCCAGCUGGGCUCUAAUUCCCUUCGGGUCGACCAGUCCUACCCCAGCGCCGUCACAUUGUCAACACCCUUUGAAGAACUUGGCCCUGACAUGCCAUUUCCUCCGCUCUCUGACCCUCCCCGUCCUCUUCAAGCACGCCGUGCUUCAUCCACACCGGCUGACCGACUUCCUCUCGUUUCUGGAGCGGCAUUCCCUGGCCCGGCACGUCGUCAGCGUCGCUGCCGCUCUCGUGCUGGGUCAUGAGAACCACAUCUAUCCUCCCUGGUGGGCACGCCUGCUCAACGCCGUGCCCGUGACGCGCCUCAGCGUCCUCGCGCCCCCCGAGAUUUUGGCUGGGCUGGCCGGCACCUGUCCGUGGAGCAGCGACGCCUGGGCCUUCGACAUGGAAUUUCAGAUCCUCCAGCUCGACCAGACGCCCGAAGCCGCCCUGGUGACGAUCGACUACGACGACCUGCCCGAUUUCUUGGUGGCGCGACCGUGGCAGAACAUGGUGGUCAACGAAGGGUCCAGCCUGCUGGCGUACACGACCUACGAGUACUUCCUGCGGCGGACUCCGUCCGUGUUAACGGCGUUGCACUGGAACGACUCGGCGGCCGGGAACGCGCUGUUCGCGAACCUGCAGAGUUUCGCCUUCGUAGCCAUCUUCCCCUUCUACAACCACGUGGACGAGGUAUUCAAGUGUGUCCGCAAGAUGAGACAGCUCCGGCGGCUGUUCGUCAAGCUGUGCCCGGAGCCCCGCAGCACCGUGUUCCGAGACGAGAUCGAGAGGUGUGACGGCGCGCUGGACGUGCACGACCCGUGGAACGAAUGCGAGACGUCGUGGUUGCUGAUCGCCCAGGCCGUGGCCUUCCUGACCGCCGAGGGUCAGCUGCGCGAGCUGCAGAUGGACGACAUCAAGAUCGAGGGCAUGCGCCAGACGCUCGAGGAGAGCAUCCACAGCGUGCUACCGCCACCGCCGUGGCGAUACGAAGAUUCGGUCAAUGGCAUCUGGCGCCGGAGAAACGAUCCGGCAGCCGCGGCCGGCAGACUUCCGUUAACAAUUUUGGCGAAUACGGUGUGA